CCCGAGGUCGCGUCUUUCCCCCAGGUCUCCGCGGUCCCCAGCGCUCGCCCGCGCGGUCCUGCCACGGCCUUCCUGCUGCCCGCGCCAUGGGCCUCAGCUCCGACUCCCCUGUGCGAGUUGAGUGGAUCGCCGCCGUGACCUUUGCUGCUGGCACAGCCGCUCUCGGUUACCUGGCUUACAAGAAGUUCUACGCUAAAGAGAGUCGCACCAAAGCUAUGGUGAACCUUCAGAUCCAGAAAGACAACCCGAAGGUUGUGCACGCCUUCGACAUGGAGGAUCUGGGGGAUAAGGCCGUGUAUUGCCGGUGCUGGAGGUCUAAAAAGUUCCCGUUCUGCGAUGGGGCUCACAUAAAGCACAAUGAGGAGACUGGAGACAACGUGGGACCUCUGAUCAUCAAGAAAAAAGAAACUUAAUGGACAGUUGCGAGGCUACACCCCAGCGUGUUGUGAUGUCACCUGAUCAUUUAAUUAGAAUGGCACCCAACCCACUGUCUGGUUGGCCUCCCAGGUUCUGGUGUGGUUGGUACUUGCAAAUCGCAGCUUUCAUGUUCACGGCAUCGGCCUUGCCAUUGAAACAUCGUGGUGCACAUUUGUUGAAAGAAGAAGAAAAGGAAAGGCUGAACCAACCUCAUGCUCUGUGGGUUAUCUUGGUCUCGUAAGGAUCCGUUCCUUUAAAAUAAUGGUCUUAGAAUAGAGUUAUGUCUUGAGGUUAUAUAUUAAAUUAUUCCAAAAUCA